AUGGCUAUGAUCACCGAUACCUCGCCAGAGACGGGAUUGGACGUCCCAGCGUCUCCGAAAGGUCUUUCCUGGAAACGUGCCUCUUGUGUUCUGUUGUUCGUGUGCUUCGGUUUCCUGCUCCAAGGAGCAAACUAUUCCCACAUGACCUCGUUCUUCAACAUAUACGCGCUCGAAGUGAAAGGACUGUCGUCGGCCGAAUACGGAGUCAUCAUGGGAGCUAAUUGUUUCGUCAUGGUAUUCGUGUCGCCUCUCACCGCGAACAUUGUCGAUAUGAAAUACUUCAAGGAUAAGAACAUCAUGUUGGUCGCAUGGACGGUCGACGCGACAUUCUGUCUCGCCUUAUCCCUCGUCUACAAAUUAGGACCCGGAUUGCCGUUUUUCAUUGGUUCGCUGACCAUCCGACUUCUCGAAGCCUUCGGAUGCGCGGUAGGCUUCGUGAUGCCGUACGUGAUCACCGGGCUCGAAUUGAGCGAAAUCAGCCACAUCAUCAUACCGGUCCUAGAGACCAUCUACGGAUUUUCGGUGGUCGCGGGUCCGGCAGUCAGCGGAAUCCUCUUCGACAUCGGUGGCUUCUGCUUGCCGUUCUGGGUGCUGGGGAGCACCUUGCUCCUCUUGGCGGCCCUCGGCCUGUGCUUCUUCCCCCAACCAAGGGAGAUCAACGAGGCCGACGGAUGCUCCGUAGGGGAUGGCGGCAUACGGAAAACGUUGAAGUUCCCGGUGAUUGUGAACGUCCUGUGUACGAUCAGUUCUUUCGUUCUGCUGUCGUUCAACGAGUCGACGCUCGCUCUCCGAUUGAACCACAAAUUCGGGAUGAGUGCAAGCCAGUCCGGCGUCCUAUUCUUAUUCGUCGGGGGGGUGUACGCUCUGUCCAGCUUGCUCCUUGGCUUUACCUCGAAGAAGAUAUCCGAUCCCAGACACCUGGUUCUGCCGUGUCAGUUGAUCGUCCUGUUCGCCCUUGUACUCCAGGGACCCUUGAUUCCGCUUAAGCAAACCAAGGAGAUCGUCAUCGCGGCCCAGAUGCUCUUGGGCUUGGGCGCCGGACCUGCCUUCGUGUGCUCUUACCUUCAUUCCCUCAGAUAUCUAUCGAAUGAAAAGGAAACCAAGGAAACGCACGCCGCUCUGGGAGCUAUUUUCGUCCCUGCGACCGCAGUUGGUGGGACGAUUGGUCCCCUAGUCGCAAACAUACUGCUCGACUUCUUCACGUACGAGACUGCGGUCGCUGUCAGCGCCGUUCAGACCGUCUUGAUCACAGCGUUACUCGGCUACACCACCUUUGCGUUCCCGAGAACUCUCAAAAACGAUAAGGAAAUAGUCGCAUGUUUAUAAGGAGCGCUCGAAGGAGCUUUCGACCGGAGGAAACGGAAGAAAUUCAGGUGGCGAGUCAACUCGCGCCCAUAGCUUCGCAAGCCGGAGGUCAGAGAUCUUCCGGGGUGAGAAUGAAGUCGUUUUUCACAUUUCGGAGAAUGACAAUCAUGACUCAUGACCUAGUGCGGGAUAAGUUGGGUUUGUGAAUUCCUGACUCAGUCAGUCACAUGUCGAAAUUUAUUCAACGGAUAUAGGAGUGGACGUGGCUUGAGGCA